UGCCAUUCGGCUGUUUCCGUUCAUUUUCGUAACUGCUCGGAAACUCUUCGGAAGAGGGGCAGGACUCAGCGCUGGAGUGCGCCUGUAACUAAUCCAGUUCAUUCCACCGAUCAGUUCACCUGAACUCCUGACGAAUGUUCAUGCGCGCGCAGUGAUUUGGGUCGCACGAGACAUUCUUAAAAGGAAAUCAUGGCAACGGGAGGAUUUAAAUCUAAUAGCGCAACAGACUUUCUGGAGGAAUGGAAAGCAAAGCGCGAGAAGAUGAGAGCAAAGAUGCUUGGAGAUAUCGCCGCCGCCACAGGGAGAAGCACUGAAUUAAACAACAACGGCAGCUCGGUCAACUGCGUCUCCUCUUCGCCCUCCUAUCCGGUGGCCCGGUCCUCCUCUUUAUCCGCUUUGAAGCGGCCGGAGGACGAGCCGAAGACACCCGAGCCGCCCGGGGGGAGCUUGAAGAAGACGCCGGAGAAAGUGAGUGGAGUCCCGCAGGCGGAGAGCUCGAGCCCCGCUGGUGUGGAUGACAGCGAUAAGGAGAGUCCCACACACAGCAAGAGCAAAGAGAAGAAGGGUUCAGGACCCAGCGCCAGAAAAGGCAAAGGGCAGAUCGAGAAAAGGAAGUUAAGAGAGAAGAGGAGAUCAACAGGUGUUGUCAGCAUACCGUCCAAUGAGAGCUUGGAUGAGCUUGAUGACGAUGACGGAGAAGAGAAGGAGGGGAAGAUGGAAGAAAGUCUUACACAGCAGAACACGGUCCAGAACGAGGCGCUGACCUCUGACCCCGGAGCUGCCCACUCGAUACAGGACACUCCGAGAUCCAGAAGUCACAAGAGCGACGAAGACAGACAUCGCCAUCGACACGGACGAGAAGGCAGGGGCGCCUCGCCCACAGCCCUGGAGAGAAGGAUGGAGGAGCUAGAGAGGGAGCUGGCCUUGGAGAGACAGGAGAACGGUCGCCUGCUGAAAGCCCAUCAAGACAAGGACGAGCUGAUCAUUAAGCUGAAGGAGGAGAUCGACCUGCUAAACAGGGAUCUGGAUGAUAUCGAAGACGAGAACGAGCAGCUGAAACAGGAAAACAAGACCUUGCUCAAAGUGGUCGGCCAACUCACCAGGUAGAACCCGGCGACCCGAGGACGACUGAAGCGGAGUCUGCGUCUCGCCGCGGCGGCCGGAGGGAUUUGCCGCCGCCUCUGUCCUUUACGUGUUCUGCCCUUAAGUGUCUGUCCGUCUUGUCGUCGCUCUCUGGAAGACUGUGCGCACGCGGGGAGGCUUUAAAAACCCGGACCUCCGGAUGUGGAACGGAGUCGCCGACGCGGAGUUACUCGAGGCCCCCCGCUUUUACCGGAGGAACUCGCCUUCUGUUUAAUGUAAAUGUGCGUGUACGUAGGCUACUCUGACUGUCCGUUUAAGAAAAGAGGAAAUGCGUUUGAAUGGACGUGGUGUGGCGCCAAUUAAUUUUUCUUUUCCUUUUACCGUUACGUUAAAAGUCUGUCUCUUUGACGUGCGUCGUUUCUGUUACCCCGUGGACGGUAGCCCGCGUCUCGACUCGCGGCCUCCUUUUAAACUGGGUAACUGAUCCUCCCUGGCGGUUGGCGGUACUUGGUGCGAUUCCUUCCUUCCCGUUUUUCUUUUCGGCGUUUCGGCCUCCGUGAGCGUGACCCUAUGAAUAUGUCUCUGGCUUGAAGCUUGCAAAUGCUGUAAUGAAUAUGAUAUGUUAUUGUCUGAUUUUUACAUUUUACAUGCCGUUCAAAUGUUUACAAGUUGUUUAAACUCGUGGUAUCAAUAGACGUUAGCGUGACUCGUAGCCUAGGCUGCUUUCCCUUUUAAUUUAACCGAACCGAUCGGAGACGUUAUUUUAUAGCGCGUUAGUGCGGCCUCUCGUAGCCGAUAAAGACCGCCGUGUGGCGUUCGUAAAUUGCGACUAUGGGGUUUGUAUCCACGUUGAGCUAAUCUACAGUGCUAAUGACAUAUUGGGCAAAGUCAUUUGAGGGGGUAUCUUUUUUUUUUUCUAUUGGGGUGGAAGAUAUCUGUUUCCCUUUGCUUUACGUAAUGCAUGUACAGAAGAUUGAAUAAAAGUUUGAAUACAAA